CUUCCUGCUCCUCCCCUGGCCCAGGACAGCACAAAAAGCUGACUGCAAGCAAAUUCCUUGUCUCUUAUUGCUCAGCACAGGGCAGAAAUGGCGGCUGGUGGUGGAGGUCUCUUCAGGGCCCUGCUUGCCUCUCCCCAUCCUGCUUGGAGACAAGCUCACUCUGGAACCAGGGGACAUCUGAAGCCUGAGUACGAUGCAGUGGUGAUAGGAGCAGGACACAACGGGCUGGUGGCCGCAGCCUACCUACAGAGACUGGGAGUGAACACGGUGGUCUUUGAGAGGCGCCACGUGAUUGGCGGUGCAGCUGUCACUGAGGAGAUCAUUCCAGGGUUUAAGUUCUCCCGAGCGUCCUACCUCCUCAGCCUGCUGAGGCCGCAGAUUUACACAGACCUGGAGCUGAAGAAACACGGGCUAAAGCUGCACCUUCGAAACCCCUACUCCUUCACCCCCAUACUGGAAGAGGGCACAGGAGGAAAGGUGCCCAGGUCUCUUCUGCUGGGCACAGACAUGGCAGAAAACCAGAAGCAGGUUGCCCAGUUCUCACAGAAGGAUGCCCAGGCCUUUCCCAGAUACGAGGAGUUCAUGAAUCGCUUGGUGUCAGCCAUUGACCCUCUGCUGGACGCAGCCCCAGUGGACAUGAUGGCCUUCCAGCGUGGCUCCCUGCUGCAAAGGCUCAAGUCACUGUCCACCCUCAAGCCCCUGCUGCAGGCAGGCCUUACCCUGGGAGCCCAACUCCCCCAGUAUUACCAGGUCCUCACAGCACCCAUUACGAAGGUGCUAGAUCAGUGGUUUGAGUCCGAGCCUCUAAAAGCUACUCUUGCAACAGAUGCUGUGAUUGGUGCCAUGACCAGCCCCCGCACUCCAGGGAGUGGGUAUGUGCUGCUACAUCAUGUGAUGGGGGGCCUGGAAGGGAAGCCGGGGGCCUGGAGCUACGUCCAGGGUGGCAUGGGUGCCCUCUCUGAUGCUAUUGCAAGCUCAGCCACAGCACACGGAGCAACUAUCUUCACCGAAAAGACAGUGGCCAAGGUGCAGGUGAGCAAUGGAGGCCGUGUGCGAGGAGUCGUACUGCAGGAUGGCACAGAGGUGAGGAGCAACGUGGUGCUGUCCAACGCGUCACCUCAGAUCACCUUCCUGAAGCUGAUGCCGCAGGAGUGGCUCCCUGAGGAGUUCGUGGGGAGAAUCUCUCAGCUGGACACCCAGUCACCUGUUACUAAGAUCAAUGUGGCUGUAGACAGGCUGCCCAAUUUCCUGGCUGCACCCAGUGCUCCUGGAGGCCAGCCUCUGCCCCAUCACCAAUGCUCCAUCCAUCUCAACUGUGAAGAUACCCACCUUCUCCAUCAGGCCUUCGAAGACGCCAUGGAUGGCCUCCCUUCCCACAGGCCUAUGAUUGAGCUCUGCAUUCCCUCUUCAUUGGACUCCACCCUGGCUCCCCCUGGCUGCCAUGUUAUCUCCCUCUUCACUCAGUACACUCCCUAUGUGCUGGCUGGAGGCAAGGCCUGGAGCGAGCAGGAGAGAGAAGCUUAUGCAGACAGAGUAUUUGACUGCAUUGAGGCCUAUGCCCCUGGCUUCAAGGCCUCUGUAGUGGGCAGAGACAUCCUCACGCCACCUGAUUUGGAGAGAAUCUUCGGGCUUCCUGGAGGGAACAUAUUCCACUGUGCCAUGUCCCUGGACCAGCUUUACUUCUCUCGCCCCUUACCCCUGCACUCCAGCUACCGCUGCCCCCUCCCAGGCCUAUAUCUCUGCGGAAGUGGGGCCCAUCCUGGAGGAGGCGUCAUGGGAGCUGCUGGGCGUAAUGCAGCCCAUGUAGUCUUUGAGGACCUCAAGAACAUGUGA